GGACCACCACGUACAACAUCAAAAUUCAUCUUACAUUCAAAGAAUUUUGAUUCGCAUACGGUUCCUCAUUCACUUCGAUUAUCUCAAGUUGAUAAAUAAAUUCAAUUCGCAUUGUCGCACUUCUUCACCUUCACAUAAUCGCGAGUCGCGCCAUCACUUGACAACUCUCCAAGAUGGUUGGAGCUCGCCGCACACGCGCUGCUGGUGCCAGUCCAGGUGGUUUCAAAUCACUUGAUGAUAUUCCAAAGCCUACACGCGGAAAGGGAAAGAAAAUCAAGGCUGAAUCCGUCGAACCUUCAAUCGAGUCCGAGUCCAUUGAUCCAUUCAUCACAUCCGCCGAAGGCAACAAGAAUACGGAGUCGCAAAAGGCUUCAUCACCUCCUACAAAUCCUUCCAGAACAAACUCUCCAGAUUCGCACUCACCUUCACCUACACCGGUCGAUUCACGACUUGAUUCACGUUCUACCUCCCCACCUAAAAAUAACACCACAUCAAAUGACGCGUCUUCGGACAACGACGUUAUUGAUCAAGAGCAAGAUACACAGCGCAUUGCUCAUCUCGGAUCCAACAGAAAGAGAUCUCGAGUAUCAGAGUCUUCUACCCAUCAAAGCGUUGGCAUUACAAAGGAAGACGCAGAAGAUGAUGAGCAAAGGGCCAGCAAGCGUACACGUAGACAGGAAAGCCAGGACACCGAAGAUGUCAAUGUUGAAGCCGAUGUUGAGAAUGAAAAGUCGACCGAACCAGAGCCUACACCCGCAAAGAAACCCAAAGGUCGUCCUCGCACUCGCGCAAAGGCAACCCCUAAGAAAUCUGCGAACCAGACUCGUGGCCGCAAGCAAGAUCCAGUCGUCCUCAAUGAUAGCAGCUCAGACGAAGCAGCCGAGACAACUGUAUCACCUUUCCAACCUCGAUUGAACUCUACACCAAAACAAGCCACCGCGCCUUCUCCACGUACUCCUCAAAAUCAGCAAGAAUUGAUUUCUUCUGAAGAAGAUGAACCUCAAGCUGGUCCAUCUACCAUUAGUCAUUCAACCUCCAAACCUACACUCCCCUCUCCAGAUAUUCGACCGGUUCCUCAAGCUGAAGCUGAAAAGCCAGCUUCAACUAUCACUGAAACUGGCCCUUCUCCCUCGAAGCCUCGUGCACUUCCUCCUGUUACUCGACCCGUUGCUCGAGCAAUUUCGACGUCGUCUAUCAAGAUUACACCUGGUAUGGGAAAGACCGAAAGAUUGCGUUUAAUGGUGAUGCAAAGAUAUCAUCCAGAACGACUUGUUUCGCCAACUAAAGGAAAAGAAGUCGCGAAGGAGGUUGUGAAAGAGGUUACCAAGGAUGUUGCUCAAAGCACAAAUGAUGCGGCUCACAAUGAGCGUAAGAAGACGACCGCUGUGGCUUCUUCCAGUGAGACUCUUUCCAAACCCGAUGCUCCUCAUUCAAGACGUCAGUCUCGGGAUGGACACAAAUUAACGGAUCCUUAUCUAGUAGCUAUAAACAAAGUUUUCACUAAUCAUAAAGACAAGUCGAAGGCUAUGCCAUCUAUCGAACAAGUUACCGCGUUCCUUAAUGGCUUCGAUGCUCAACAAGCUUCGCACAAUGGCAAGAGACAAAUGGUUACUCAAAAAUCCGCUCGUCCUCUGCAACCAAUAACACCCAAUCGCUCAGGAUUUGUUGUUCCAGGUUAUGGAAGUGAUGACGAUGACGAUGACGAUGACGAUACCGUGAUGUCUGAUGAGGAUGAAACAUCCGUCGUCGAGGAACCAAAGACACCUGAAGCACAGAUUACUCCUGUGCCAACUGAAAGCCCUCGAAGCUCUUGGUGGAACCCACUCUCUACUGUUGCCACGAUGCUUACCAGCCCGUUCCGCAAACAGGCCGAUGGUGCUCCAGCUCCGCUUCCUUGCAACAAGCUUGUUCCACCACCAUUCAUUUUCAGCCAGCCACCAACCACUCCUUCGGCAGUCCCGCUCAAGCGUAUGUCUCACUCAGAUCGCAAACGCAACACCCGAAACAAUGUUCAAGGUCGUCUUGGUGGUUUCCAAACCGAACGUCGUCCACGACACAAGGAUAUCGGAAGAUCACCAAGCUCCAGGAAUGGUCUUCUCACCCCAGCCGAAAUCAAAGAGAUCCAUAGAGCACAGGAUGAAUACGCCGCCAAGCAUCAGAAUAGAGGUCCUUUGAUCGUAGCCAAUCGUGAUAUUCAUAAGGCCGCACGAGCAUCUCAAAGAGAAUCUCAGGCUAAAAAGGCCGCUGUUGCUGAUGCAGGCGAGGAAGAAACUUCAGCAUUCACACACGUUCCAGCAGGCGAGAAGCGUGAUGCCAACGGCACACCAAAAGCCCCUAGCCAGCGCUGGAAUAAUUUCUUAGAGUCUAGUGUUGAUUCAGAUUACGGCCCCAGAUGGGUUCGAUGCCCAAAUGGUCUUUAUAUUCGAGAGGGGUCCACUGACAAACAAUUUGAAUCGGGCGAUUUUGGCGAUGAUUCUGCCUGGCAAGAUCACUAUCGUGAUAUCGACGCUUUCCCAAAGCAAGAUAUCUACAAGGGAGCAGGCGUCCAAAAUCCACUGAACUCAGCUCAGCUUCUUGAGCAGGCUUAUUUACGUGCUGAAGGAGAUAAGAGCAUCCCAGACGAGAGCGAAAAUGACUAUACUUAUGUCACUGAUCAGCGUCAAAAUAGAGUUCUGUUCUAUCCAAGAAGUCCUUACAACAUGUUCCAAGUCCCAGGUAAAAAGCUCACCGCGACUCAUAUUGCGAAUAUCAAGGAAGGACUUCCUCUUCUUAACCCUCGCGAUGAAUACGGAAUCGCUAUCAAGAUACCUACUGGUGAGCCAGGUCAGCCAGCUGAUCCAAACAACAAUAUCUUCAACCAAUUGGCAGAACAGGCAAGGAGAGCUCAGUACAAGGAUGCUGUUGAAAUGAAAGCAGGCAGAACUUUGGAGACAAAGCGAUGGACUCAAACCCCUCCACCAAAACCCAAGCCUGUCAAUGCCAAACUUCCUGGUACUGUUGAGAACACCCCGGCUCCAAUAUCCGAGGCUGUACAACACGCCAUGAAGAAGGCCAACAAAUACUUACCCACAAAGGGCAGUGGUCUUAGACAGGUUUCCACCAUGAGCCCUGUCCAGACUGAUCAGGAGAAGAGCUUGAAGGCUGCGAAAGAUUCUAAGCCCAUGUUCAACUUUGAUUUCACCGCUGCAUCCAUUGGCUGGAAUGCUGACCCUCUGGUUAUGGCACGUGUUCAGGAGCGUCUGGGUGAGGGUUACAUUCCUAUCACACCCAUUCCCGACCACAUUUGGCAUGAACAUGAUGAUCUUCACCAAGGUCCAGUAGAGCAAGCAGUUGCAGCAUUGUUCGAAGGAAUCGACUCCAGAAUGUUUGGAUCUAUGCACAAUGGAAUCCAAGAUCCAUCACGACCCCAACCCAAGUACUGGGACGAGCUUCCAGAAAGUCCAGUUGCUGAACGCUCCAUUAGAUUAUGGUAAACUCUAGCGGAACCUAAUCCAGUCUUCGCGUUAAGUGUCUGUCUCUCAAGACGCUUAACUUUCAAAUUGAACCUUAACAUCAAUCAUUAAUUGAAAACGCUCCUACUUUGGUUGCGGGGCUCUCCCUUGAUGGUUCAAAUCCAUCAGGCAUGCGAGUCGCCUUGAUAUUCUUGAUUUGGUUCAAGACUGGUUAUAUUCUUGCUCGAUUUAUCUGGUUUAUAACAUUGGGUGCGUGGUGCUGGGUGAUAAUGAUACCUUACCUUUACAUGAUUGGUUUUCUACUGUUUGAGUUUUUAAUGGGAUAGUCAACGAUGGCGGGCGCUUUGGAUUAUGAUCGAGGCCUUUCUUUUUCACGAUAUGAUACGAUCGAUACCCUUCUCCUUCGCUCAAAGAUACACCUUUUGCACAUGUCAGAUGAGCGAGUUACAUACUCUGACAAUGUGCGCUUUCUACAUCAAAUAUUUCGUCUUUUCGACACUACCAGCAAGAUGAAUUAUCUCAUCGGCACAUUAAUUUUACAUCACGUACAUAUUUACAACGGGAUUUUCGAAACACCGAGGAUACGAUUGCUCAAAGCUUGGUUUGGGAGGUGGCUCUCUCCUACCCGUCUUGUUGCAGUCUAUCCAGCGUUUCUCAACUUUCUCACCGUUCAUGUUUACGAGAUUGAACAUAUCAACAUUAAUAUCAGCACCCACACACAUAUGGCGAAGAACAUUGAAAGAAUGAGAAUCACAGAAUCUAAGUUAUAAGAAUGGAUUAUGGCAUUGGAGUUUGUUGAAUAUAAGAAUGGGUGAUUGAAGUGACUGCGUGUGGAUGAACGAAAUGGAUUUCAGAAGAUAGUCGAUAGCAGUGCGUUUUGUGCACUCAUUUCUUUUCUUAUGUAUUACACUGUGGGGACGUCCCCCCACGGUUGCGUUUGCUUUUUUUGUAUUACACUGUGGGGACGUCCCCCCACGGUUGCGUUGAUUUUUUGUAUUACACUGUGGGGACGUCCCCCCACGGUUGCGUUGAUUUUUUGCAUUCCAUCAUGGGGACGUCCCCCCAUGAUAGGUCUGCUUCAUUUCCUUUUUUGCGGCUUUCUUCUUUGGUCCGAUGUCACCAUGCAAUAUGCAAAGCUCGGGGAACCCAAGUUCAGAUUGUUACCUACAUGUAGCGGGCGGUGGAUUGAGAUGAGGGAAACGCGCUAGCAUGCAGUCUUGUUGCUGCCUUUUGUUUUGGAGUUUGAUAUUGGCAGGGUACUUCACUUUAUUCGGAGAGGUCUCUUGUCUGCUGGACGCAGUGGACUAUGGAUUCUCUACGUUUCAAAGGAUUACGUACAUGCUGUAUCGGAUCGGUAUUUGUCUUUGGUUCUCUUUAGCAUGGCAUUGGGAUGGAGUUUGUCUUUCUCGGUAUGGGCAUUGGGCAUGGUAUGAAGCAUGGUAUAUGGGAUUGCAUGGAAUUCUAAGCAUGGAGCAUGGUUGGUGCAUUAAGCGUUGCCUUCUUUCGCAUUACAAGCAAGUUCUCUAGAGAGAUACCAUGAGUAGACGACAAUGAUUUGUACAUACUGUCUUUACAGGUUUCACACGGAAGGUAAAUAUGAAUGGGAUUUGAAGGGAUGGAUGGGAUGGAUGGGAUACAAAAGGGAAUGAUUGGCCUAUAGGGCGCGUAAAGAGUAAUUUGUAUGGGAUACAACGAAUAAGUAAAAAAAAAUUAAAAUUCUAAAAAAGA